CAAUAAUGCUCUAUUAAUCUCAUUGUAUGCUUCUUCCACGCAAUUGCCCGUGACACCUCCGCGGCCAACCGCGCUCACAUAGAACCCGACGCAUCAAGCCGGCCGCUGUUCAAUCCAAUCACUAGCCACCAUGACGACCUCAGAUAAGAGUCGCAAACACUCUGCGACUCCCUCGCCCGCCGAACAAGCACCUGACCUCAGCAUAACCGCGGACGAUCGAGUAUACCUACACACUGCCGGCUAUGAGGAGUCUCCCGAGCGCGGGCUCAUCCAGAGCAUGGCACGCUUCCGCUCGUCGCCGCUCGACUUCAUACGCGAAGUGUCGAUGCACUUCUCAGGCACCGGGUGGCGCUCAUUCGACAAUCACAUUGGCCAGCCAGAGUUCUACUCGGGCUUCAGCGAAGACAUGAAGGCCCGAGUGCUGAGCAGUCCCAUGCUCGUCGCCAAAGUCCGAGAGCUCGCGGCGAAGCGGGUUGAGGUAGAGGCAAAAGAGGGCCUCCUGGGCGAGGAUGUUCAGAAGGGCAGUGGUGUGGCGGGGGAAGACCAAAAGAGGAAGCGGAGAGAGGAGAUUGAAGAGCAGCUGAUGGAAGUCAGCGACAGCUGGACGGACAACAUGAUCUGCAAGAUGGAGAGCAAGCGCUUCAUUCGCGGCGCAUAUUGGUUCGCUUCGCAGCUGUUGACUCGGGCGUAUCACCAGGGCGUGCACGUCUCUAGCGAGGAGGUGCUUCGUCUGCGCGCGGUUGCGGAGAAAGCGGCCAAGGAUAAACAGUCUAUCAUCUUCCUGCCGUGCCAUCGGUCGCAUGUCGAUUACGUUUCGCUUCAGAUUAUAUGCUACCGAAUUGGACUUGCGCUUCCGACGGUCGUUGCGGGCGACAACUUGAACUUCCCGGCCGUCGGGUCUUUCUUGCAACAUGCGGGCGCCAUGUGGAUACGGAGGAGCUUUGGAGACGAUCAACUUUACAUCACGCUGGUACAGGCAUACAUCGAUACCCUGCUACAGACCGGCUACAAUAUGGAAUGCUUUGUGGAGGGGGGCAGGAGCCGGACGGGAAAGCUUCUGCCACCAAAAUUCGGCAUCUUGAGCUAUAUGCUCGAUAGUGUUGCAAGUGGACGGGUCAAGGAUGCCAUCAUAUGCCCGGUAUCGACGCAGUACGACAAGGUCAUUGAAGUCGACUCCUAUAUCAGCGAGCUACUCGGCCAGCCAAAACCCAAGGAGAACCUAAUGGACUUCCUUUCGGCAUCAUCUGUGCUGUCGCUGAAGCUUGGCCGGGUUGAUGUCCGAUUUCAUGAACCGUGGUCUUUACGCACCUUCAUUGACGAACAACGCGAGCGCUUCAGCAAGCUGCCACAACAACUCGAUACAAAAGAGAAUCGCUUACGACUCCUGCGAACACUGGGCUACAAGGUACUGUCCGAUAUCAACGAUGUCUCAGUAGUCAUGCCAACGGCGCUCGUUGGCACAGUACUACUAACACUCCGUGGGCGCGGCGUCGGCAAGUCUGAACUCAUAAGACGCGUGGAAUGGCUCAGCGAGAGAGUAAGGGCACAAGGCGGUAGAGUCGCCCACUUCGGCAACCUCGCUACCAGCGUCGUUGUCGACCGCGCACUCGACGUGCUCGGCCCAGGACUAGUCGGCCUGGUCCCCGGCUUACCAGAAGACACAUUCUACGCCGUCGACCGCUUCCAGCUUUCCUUCUACCGCAAUAUGACCAUACAUCUCUUCAUCCUGCAAUCCCUCGUCAGCGCCGCGCUUUACACCAAAGUCAAACAAGGCGGCGGCCCGGAAUACCAACGCAUCUCCUACGUCGACAUGCACUCACAAGUAUACUUCCUCUCGCAGCUGUUCCGCGGCGAAUUCAUCUUCCCCACCGAAGGCCUCGAUUACAACCUGCGCCGCACCCUCGCAGGCCUCGAAUCAGACAACGUCAUCAAGAUCACACAGGAUGGCAAAGGCCGCAUCGAAUGGAUCGAACUCACCCCAGCGGAGCGCGAAUCCGGCCGCGAAAACUUCGACUUCUACCUCUUCCUCAUCUUCCCCUUCAUCGAAGCCGCCUGGCUCGGCUGCAUCAGCCUAAUGAUGCUCACACCGCCCUUAUCCCACCCCCCUUCCUCCUCCACCUACCUCGACAUGAAAGCCGUGCAAAACCGCGCACAGCUCUUCGGCAAGACAUUGUACCACCAAGGCGACCUGUCCUACUUCGAAGCCGUGAACAAAGAAACCCUGAAAAACGCGUACACGCGCUUCGAAGACGAGGGCAUGAUUGUGGUUACUAAGCCCAAGGACAAGAGCCCGAGUAUGAUUCGCUUGAACGAGGAGUGGGUACCAGUGCGCGGCGAGAAGGGGAUCAUCGCCGACGGCCCGCUUUGGAGGUUUGCGGAGAGGAUUAGCAGUAGUCGAAGAGAAGGGAAGAAUCGGAGGGAUGGCGCAACGGUGCAGCAUCGCGUGUUGCACCUGGCGGAUCUUGUAGGGGAGGGGUUGUGGGAAGGGGGUGGAAGUAAUGUUGGUGUUGAAGUGGACAAGGGAAAGAAGAACAGGAAGAAGAGAGGUGAUGCGUAUGCGCGUGUCCCAGCCGCCAGUGGCGAGGAUGCGGCCGUCGGAGCGCACGCGCAGGGAUUGCUGGCCUGA